AAUACCGCGGGAUAGAAGUUACUCGUAACUGCGAGGACUGAUGAAAUACGCAGAAAUAACUUCGCCGACGUGUUCCUUGCGGUUAUUUAAGUGCGGGUUAUUCGAACGGCAGGUCAUACAUGUAUAUUUUUAAAGUGAAAAAUUAAUGUUAGCAGCAGUCAAAGUAGCAGAGAGUGGUGGUCUAUGACGGCUUCGGUCUGUAAACUUCCUGAACACCAGCUGAACUGACAGUUUUGUUCAACAUGCGGAACCGCCAGAGGGGAUCCCAUCUGGGCCUGCUGCUUCUGGCCUCCCAGCUGUUCCAGGUUGGUCUGGACAACAUCCCACCAGUCACACUGGCUGUUCUGGGACUCAAUGCAUACCUUUACCUGUUCCCUGCAGCUCCUCUGAUGAAGGCCUGUAUUAGUGUCCAGCAGGCGUACUGGUACAGUGACUGGCGUCGCCUCCUCCUGUCCCCGCUGCACCAUGCUGAUGAUUGGCACCUCUACUUCAACAUGGUGUCCUUCCUCUGGAAAGGGAUCAAGCUUGAGCGUCGUCUGGGUGGAGCCUGGUUCCUUUACCUGCUGUCAGUCUUCUCUCUUCUCACGGGACUGGUGUACCUGAUUCUGGAGGCUACGCUGACAGAGCUGACCCAGGAUCAGUCCUACAGUAUGACCUGUGCUGUUGGCUUCUCAGGCGUCCUGUUUGCUCUGAAGGUGCUAAAUAACUAUUACCACCCUGGAGGAGUGACCUAUGUGAUGGGACUCCAUGUGUCCAAUCGAUAUGCCAGCUGGGUAGAGCUUGUGCUCAUUCACAUAACUUCACCUGGGACCUCCUUUGUUGGUCACCUGUCAGGUAUCCUGGUGGGUUUGCUCUACACUGCUGGACCACUGAAGGCCAUCAUGAAGAAAUGCGCAGAGUUUGUGACCUCAAAUGGAUAUAACUCCAGGCCGGGCAUGCACUACAGCUCUUCAGGCUCUUCAGGCUACAGAAGCACUGGUGGAGGAUAUUCGGGAUAUCACCAGUAUGAACCAAAUUAUCCAUCACAUCCCACAUCAUCUUACACAGGCGGACUGACGGAGGAAGAGCAGCUAGAGGCGGCCAUCAGAAACAGUCUGAAUGACAGAGGAAGAACAGACCAGGCAGGGGCUCCUCCUCCUCCUUAUGGUUUCCACCUUCCAGAGGAGGGCAGUGCUGAGGACAUCAGGAUGAGGAGACUGAGGAGAUUUGACAGCUGAUCUGCUUAAAGGAAGAAGGUUUAAGUGACAAACCAAAGGAGGGAGAAGCCCCUCCUAAAGCCAGACUUCAAACUCGCCAGUGAAGAGCUCCCUGGAUGAGAAGGUCCAACCAUACAGAUCGUUUACUGUGAGGAGGACUCUUCCUGAAAUGUUCCUUUGAGGCAAUGAGCCAAUGUAAUAGGGCUGGGUAUUGCUAAGAACCUCACGAUUCAAUUCUAUUUCAAUUCUUUAGGUUGCGAUUCAAUUCGAUACAAUUCGAUACAAUUCGAGAUUGAUUAAAAUGCUUUGAUGUUGA